AUGGAAUUCUUUUAUCCCUGUAAAGAUUCAACACAAUCUUCAGUUAGUUUUCAAAAUAGUAUUUUAAUAUGGCCUGCUCUGACGUUGGGAAAUGUUGGUCAAUUAUCUAUAGAUUUAAUAUUGAAUACAUUUGGAUUCAAAAAGGUUGGAUAUAUACACGAUGAAGAUAUUGUACCAUUGGCAGGAAAUGAUACACUUACACCAGCUGGUAAGGGUGUACUCUCUACUGCCGUCGAGGUAUAUCAGUUCACAAACAGACAAAACACAACCAUUACAAUCGUACAGCAACGUUCACCCAUUAUUGCCGGUCACAUCAACCGAUUCGCCGAAAAACUCAACCAAUGGAUUAAACAAUCGGGAUUCUCACAGCUCUUAUUCCUGGCCAGUACCAAUGCCAACAAAAGAAUUGAUACUCAAUUAUUUGGAACUCAGAUUAGAUAUGUAGCAUCGGAUGCUGUUGGUGACAAUCAAUUUAUUGUAGAUAGAAUAGAGAAACAAUGUGGUGUACCACCCAUGGAGAGAUCGGUUGUUAUCGAUGGCGAUCUCAUCGAGCUCAGUGAUAGACUCACCGGACUUGGAAGAAGAUUGAUGACACUCGCAACUCAGGAGAAUAGCAAGGGUAUUGCAAUGGUUGCAUUCAUACUCUUCUGUUCGGAGGGUGACAACACACAAGAUGCCAUCGUUAUGUCCAAUCACGUAGUACAAUAUACAGAGUUAACAACAGAGACCUCCAAUAACAACAACAAUACAAUCGACUUUAAAAUACCAUCAAGUUGGAGUCUAAUUAAAGAUGGUCCAUCCAUCAACCAAGCUUUAUAUUUUUAA